UAACAACGCAAUUCAUGAGCUUUAAAGGCCAUUUGGCUUACACCAACGCACGGGGUGCCUUCGUGGGAUCGCCCGGCUCCUCUGGCGUAGUGCUAGGCCAGCGUUCGCUAUGCAUAUGUGCUCUGCUACGCCGCUGAGCUGCUGAUUAAGCUACGGCUCCAAUCAAGUUCCUGUUUUGUGCGCUGGUUUUAUCCCUCAAUUCCUCCGGACCGUGGUGUUAAAUUGGGUUUGGUAUGGCAAAGAACAAUCCGAGGAGGAUCAAACACAUUUUCUUGACUGGUCCUCCAGGAGUUGGAAAAACAACUUUGGUGAGGAAAACCUGUUCUGAGCUGAAGUCAAAAUCAAUUCCACUUCAAGGUUUCUACACAGAGGAACUAAGAGAGGGUGGAAAGAGGACAGGCUUCGACAUCAUUACAUUGGAUGAACAAAGAGGUUCAUUAGCAAAAAUUGGAGGACAGAAGGGGCCCAAGGUCGGACAGUAUACAGUUAACCUCCCAUCGUUUGAACGGUUAGCUUUACCUGUAUUGUCUCCUCAGAGAGAAUCCUCGCCCGUCUAUGUAAUUGACGAGAUUGGUAAGAUGGAACUCUUUAGCCAAGGGUUCAUCCAAGCAGUCCGGAGGCUUCUUGAUCAUUCUGACACAACGAUCUUUGGAACCAUCCCAGUGCCUAAAGGACGCCCUCUUGGUCUGGUGGAGGAAGUCCGCAGCAGAGCUGAUGUACAAGUCUUCACAAUUUCAAAGGAAAACCGUGAUGGAAUCAUGGAUGACAUCCUCAGAGCUGUCACUCAGGCAAGGUCUCAGAAAGGAACUUGAUGAUUGCAUGUGUAUGCUAAUAGAACUGUUGAAAAAAGACAAUCUGAUCACCACAAUAAGAACAAUGAAAGGUUCAAACAAGGCUGCAAAUGCAUAUCGGGAAAAGAGGUGCUCAUCGAGUUUGUCAAGCAAAAGGAAAGGGAUGGACACGUUCUUCUUAAUGUGGAAUGGCACAGUUAAUCCAUCUGAGCAUGAUUAUUGAUUAAUGUCAUCAAUAUCAAAACCUUGAUGAUUUAUCUUCCAGAUCUGUGAAGGACAUCUCAUAUUUUCAUGGAUAAUUUUGUGUGAGACAUGACAUGUAUGCUCAGUUCUUAAAGAGUAAUUCUCAAAUCAUAUAUUUUGUAUAAUUAUGAAUAUUUAUUGAUCUUUCCUUUUUCUCUUUCUUUCUCUUCCUUUUUCUUUCUUUUUUGACAUUCUUUGUCCACUCCUCUUUCCCUCUUCUUCCACCUUUGCGCUUAUCUACUUCUUUUUCUUUCUUUCAUAAUGAUCGUCUCUCUGGUGUGCUAACACCAACGGCAUUAUAGCAGAGAGAGUACGCAGUUUACCUAUCAUGAUCAUGGCAUGACGCAUUUUCAAAUUUGAUUUUAAUAAAACACUUGAUAAAGCCAUGUAUUGGCGAAAUUGAUGAAUUUCUAUGUGUACAGACCAGAGGUUUUGAUUUGAUUCUCAGUAUUUUUAUUUCACUGACUUUCAGAACAUCUACACACACACAUAUAUAAUGAGGAUGUACAUGCUUUGGCUCUUUUUGCUUGAUACAAGACUUGAAAUAAUAAAUUUCAUCAUAGCUAAUGAAGGCCUAUGGCCAAAAAUUCA